AUGGCCCUCGAGAUCCCGAAAGCCAAGCUCAAGAGCUUCGUGAGGCACGUCGUCCCAGGUGCCCUCUUGGUGACCGAGUACUUAUUCUCGGUGCCCUUGGACUACAAAAACCCCUCCGGUACACACAUCCAGCUCUUCGCCAGGGGGGCUACCAAGUAUGAUGUGCCUAUCAACCCUCAACAGCCGCAGUUCCAGUCGUCCUUGAACCGUCCAUGGUUUGUUUUCCUCCAGGGCGGCCCUGGAUUUGGCAACCCUGAACCCCAGGACUCUUCCUUGACCCGUUUCCUCCUGAACAGAGGCUAUCAGAUCCUCUUCCUCGACUACAGAGGGGUUGGGCUCAGCACCCCAGUCACUGCCGACACUUCUCCGACCCCAGACGCCUCUUCAGAGGAGCAGUUCAACUACCUCAAAUUCUUUCGCCAGGUCGACAAUGUGCGCGACUGUGAGGCUGUCCGGAAGUGCUUGACCGAGAGCUUCGACGAGAGCAAGAGGAAAUGGUCCAUCUUUGGCCAGUCAUUUGGCGGCUUUGUCUGCCUCAGCUACCUCUCCCACCACCCCGAGGGGCUUAACGAGGUCUUCAUGACCGGCGGUCUCGCUCCAAUCUCCAAGACCCCAGAUCAAGUCUACAGGGCUACUUUCCAAAAGGUCUUUGAGCGAAACAUGGCCUACUACAGGAAGUUCCCCGAGGACAUCCCAGCCGUACGGAGGGCUGCCGUUUUCCUGCACACUCGCCCAGAAAAAGGUGUUCGUCUGCCGGGUGGCGGGCUUCUGACAGCCAGACGACUCCUCACUGUCGGCCACAUGUUUGGUUUACACGGCGGCCUGGACAAUGUGCAUGCUAUGAUCCUGAGACUGAAUAUGGACUUGGAACAAUUUGGGUUCCUGACGAGGCCGACCCUAUUGCAGUUCGAAGCGUACCUCCCGUUCGACACGGCACCCAUCUAUGCAGUCCUGCACGAGGCCAUCUACUGCUACAAGAAGGGCAUCGUUUCCGACUGGGCCGCGCAGCGGGUUGGCCAGCAGCUCGACAACUUCCGCUGGCUCGAUCCAGAGUUCUCGGCGUUCGACAACAUCGACACGCCGCUUUGCUUCUCCGGCGAGAUGAUAUUCCCCUUCAUGUUCGAUGACUAUCCCGAGCUGCAGAAGCUGAGGGAUGUGGCGGGCGCGCUGGCCAAACACGACGACUGGGAUGACCUGUACGACGAGGCCCGGCUGAGGGUGAACCAGGUCCCUGUCUAUGCCGCCAGCUUCAUCGAGGACAUGUACGUCGAGUCCGAGCUCGCGCGGGAGACGGCACGCAAGAUCAACCUCAUCAGGGUCCUCGAGACCAACACCAUGUACCACAACGCCAUUCGCGCGCGGGCUGACGAGGUGCUGCCCCAGCUUUUUAAGCUCCGGGACGAUGCUAUCGACUAG